AUGACUAGCAGGCCCAGGGGACAGGGGUGCGAGGACGAUGGCUGGGGGUACCGCGAAAAGAACGGGGGGAGAGGGGGACCCAGGGCAGAGGAGCGGGGGGACCUGAUCGAGCUCCUGACCGACCCGCUGUCUCCGUGGCGACAGGAGGCGGAGUCUUGGAGCCCUCAGGCCGCGGCGCUGAGGGAGCUGUCCGUCACCUCGCAGGCCCGCCUCUCCGGCAGCUUCAUUCGUGGAUAUUUCACCACCCUGCGAAUCGUGGACAAGGGGGUCUCAGUCAUCGAUGACGGCGUGCUGGGGUUCGCCAGGCUGCGGGAGCUGGUGCUGACGGCCAACCGCAUCUCUCAGCUCCCUUCCGCGCACCUCCCAGGGUCCCUCAGGGUGUUGGAGGUGUGUGCCAACCAGGUGAGCAGUUGCCUCUCACCCUGGCUCUGCGUGCCAGUGCCCGUCUCAGCUCCUUCUGGUCCAGGUUUGGGCGUGGCAACCAGGGAUCAGCUCGAGCGUGAUCCAUUUGUAAUCCUGAUGGUUCUUGCCCCCCCCCCCCCCAGGCCUCAGCUCGUGUCUCUGGACCUGAGCUGGUGUGGUUUUGAGGAGCAGCUGAUCCUGGUGGACUCGCUCUCCACGCUGCCCCGGCUGAGGACCCUGGCGCUGGAGGGGAACCCCCUAACGCUGGCCCCCUCCUACCCCGGCUUCCUGCUGGACAGCCUACCCAGGCUGCUCUACCUGGACGGGCUCCGCGUGACUCCAGACGACCGCCAUCACUUCCACGGCCUGGCCAGGAGGAGAGAUGCCGUCACAGAUGAGGCGGUUGUCACGGUGACGGUGCACAGGAUGAGAGGGGUACCGGACCCCUCCCUGGCCGCUGACAGCAGUGCGGCCGAGUUUCCGGUCGUCGCCUGCAGCUACCUGGCGACCUACGAGUUCCUGGGUCCCCUGCCCGCGGAAAACCAGGUUGGAAGUGAGUCAGUGACCUCCUCGGGUCUGGCUGUGCGUUUCGCCCCGGACGAGGGUUUGGGUCCCUCCAGAGGACCGGAGGGGCGGGACGAGACCCCCCAGGCGGCCCGAUGGAAUCGGGGGGAGGAAGUGUGCCACACUGUCCCUUACCCUGGCCCCCCAGCUGGGACAGGGGACAGUGGCUUGUCUGAAAGCUGCUCAUGCCCAGUCAUGGAGAUCAGGACCCCAAAGUUGCCGUGGGCAGAGCCAAUAGAGUAUGACCACACCCACGUUUACCGCGUCAGGGACCUGGCCUCCCUCAAGCGCUUCUUCCUCCGAGGACUACGCAUCACGGUGGAGGAAGAGAAGGUGCUGUCUUGGCCCGCCCCUCCAGAAGAGAAUGUGGGAACCAAGCCUGUCACUGACAAGAGGGGUACAGCAAAGGAGCAGAGUGUCCGUCCUCCUAGUAACCCCUGCUCCAAUCAGAAGGCCAAGGACAAGAAGCGGAAGAAGGAGCCCCAGGUGGACCUGGUGCAGGACCCCCCGGGGACGAGGACCCUGGGUUCGGCUCGCGUGGAGCUCCAGGACCUGGUGUCCGGGGGCAACCAGGUGUACCGGCUGUGCGAUUUUGGGGUGCCCACGGAACUGAGCGCCAGGACACCCCAAGAAAAGGAGCCAAGCAAGAAGGUCAAAGAGGACAAGAAGAAAGAGGAUAAGAGGGCAAAGCCUGCUGGAGAGAGCAUAGCCACACAGAGAACUACGCCCUCUAAAGGUAAGAACAAGGGGAAGAAGGACAGUGAGGCUGAAGGCCCGGCAGAGACCUUCCAGCACCUUCCAGAACAUAUAAUCCUGGAGAUCAGUGUGCACCUGGACAAGUGGGAGACUGACAGACCUACAAGCUGCAGGAACAUUGAGAAAGAUUCACUGUAG